GGACCCGACUGGCUACUGAUGACGGGGUCAUUGCUGGAGAUGAGGUUCGAUUUGAGGGGGUUUCGGUUCUGUUUUUCUAUGUUGUGGACUGCGGCGACGCUCCUGACUCUCACUCUGAUGGUGAACCUCGCCAUGGGUCGGGGCGCGAUGACGGUCGUCGCCCACCUUCUGGAGAUGGUCACGACCGUCUCUCGCAUGAGGGUCGCCUGCCCCCUGUUCGCAAUCGCUCUCGGUCUGGGCGACGUGGUCAUGUCACGCUUCGUGAAACUCCGUGUUCCCUGCGGUUCUGAUCUUUUCUCCUCCCUCUUUGUUGGUGCCGCCUCUGGUGUUGCCAACAAGCGUGCAGGCGAGAUGUGCAAGUGGGUUAGGGACUUCAUGCACGAUGUCUUUGCUGAAGACGAGUCCCGGCUCACCCCUGCUUCCCUUGCCUACUCAGGUAAUUUGGAGGACCAGUGCAUCCCCUUGGCCAGUGCCGCUUGCCUGAUGCGUCCGGCGAAAAGCUCCAUCUCCACCUGUAAGCUUCUCCGAGAGCCUACUUCUCACAGUGCUGCGGCUAGGAAUGAUCUCCUUUUUGUUCGCGACUUUGAGGAGGCCGCAGGCAGGGAGUGGCCGUACCUCCCAGCAGACGACCCAUAUGCCCUUCAGGAGAUAGCUGAUCAGUUCGACGAGGAGGGACAGGCUCAGGUCGAGGGGGCUGCUGAUUUUGUCGCGUGCCUCCUUACCCCGGAGUAUGUUCCCGAAGUGGUGCUAGUCUCCCUGGCUCCACCUGUCGCUAUCGAGGUUGCUCUAGCCGCCAUUCAGGAGUCUCGCGAUGCGGUGAGAGAUCGCCUUUUUCCUGUCAUGCUGGCGGUUGUACCGCAACCCUCCCAAAGCUACGGCCUUUUCUUAGCUUUGCCAGGGUGGGCGAUUUCCGAGCUCGUGGUGUGUUUCGAUCUGUCCGAAGUGGACGGCAGAGUCUUUGCUGACGGUGCUCCCGCAUCUGCUUCCAAGGGCACUCUGCUCAACAUUGCAGGUCUACAAGACGAUGCCGGAUAUGACGUAUAUAUGGGCGCCAGCCCAACACCCCUGCAAGACGACGACGAGGCUGAUCUCUGGCAGGGUCUGUGCAUUUUUGUGGUGCCGCGGCACACCCUCCCGGGGCCGUAUUUCCGCCUGGAGGACACUCUCCUUACUUCUGCGGCAUGGGAGGAAUCCCCACAGGUCCCGAUGGAGGAUACUGUGCGGUGGGCGAGGAAGGGCACCGCCGCUUACCUGCUGCUGACGACUCGCCUUUCAUUGACGUCCCUGCGCUCGCGGCCUGGUGUCGACUAUGCCUUGCACUGCGCCAGCUCGUCAUGGUAUGUCGCCAGCCUAAGCCUUGUUGCUGGGAAAGAACGCCUCUUCGGCCUUACAGCCGCCUACGCCUUGACACAGUCGGCAAUCCCUACGGUCACCGAUGUCAUGAUAAAGGGCUACUAUUGUAGGAACGUGUUUGCCGUGUCUGAUUCCACAGACCCAACCACUCUUCAGAGGGUCAGUCGCCUGGUUAUUGCUCUGGUCGAUUGUAGGGCUUUGAUGCAGGGCUGGCAGAUGCUUUCCUCUGUCGAUGGAGCUGUUCCCAAGCAGCCCUUUGAAGACUUUUUGUCUACAUUUGUCCCGCCUGGAUGGUGCCUGCACCUCGAAGGAAUCCAUGGUGAAGGGGACGCCUAUCGGAUCAUCCCAGGCCAGGUCGUCUAUGCCUCCUUUGUGCCUAUCCCGGUCCGUACUGAAGGGCCUUCUGAUCAGGCUGAAAGCGAGUCUCUUUCCGACGGAUCGCAGGCGGACUCCACUGCAGGCGAGGCUUCAUCCACCGAUUCGUUGCACGAUCAUUCACGUCGCCGGUCUCGGAGCAGACCGCCUUACCGAGAGCAUGGCGGCUCUCCUUCCGAUGGCAACGUUGCAGCUUGUGCGCCCUUCUUGAUCUUUGGGCUGGAAUACGCCCCCGAGGAGGUUCUGAUCUCAUUGCCUGCUGCCCCUUGUGUCGACAGUGUGCUUGCGUUGGUGCAGGCAGGGCGCGAAUCAGCAGCACGAGCACGGUUUCCUGUAUUGGUUCCCGUCUUCCCACAGUCUCUAGGAUCCGCUGCCUUAGUUGUUGCUCAACCGAGCUGGUGCGACCAGCCCCACGCCUUGUUUGAUUGCUCGUACGUCACAGGUGCGAUCUUUUCUGCGAUCGUGUCUCCCGUCAUGGAUCGAGCGUCGCUCUUAGCUGUGGCAGGACUGUCCCACAUCUCGGAUCUGGAGGUCUAUGUUCCCGAGCUUGAUGUACCUAUGUCUGAGCACGCUACCUGCAGGCUUAGCACAGGUGCCUGUGUGGCAUUCACCCCGUCGUCAUGUCCUCACGUUGUGGUGUCUUCAUUGGACGAUAUGACCCUCUCUUCCGACGGUUGGGAUCCCACUGCACCGCGUCCGAGCGUCCGCGGACCUUGGCUUCAUCUCCUUACAGACACCGGCCUUCGGGCCGUCAGGAGUUUUUGCAGCGCGAGAUUCCUGCAGCACUCGGUGUUCCGAGUUCUUCCUUGCUUGUUCAGAUGGCCCACCCUCCGCUUGAGGACUAUUCUGAUGAGGGCCGUCUCGCCUGGAACAUUGGUGUUGCACAACAAGUUCCCCAGGAGGGUACAUCCCCACAGUCUUGCCUGGUCUUGGUGGAUCUUCGGCCCAUCUUAUGCGGUGUGA